AUGUUCGUAGAGCGCGAAAUGCACCCGUUUCCUUUUGUGCAUGUGUAUAGCAAGUGUAAGCUUUUUUGUAAAGCGUAGUUUUGGUGAUUCGCAUCAAAAGGUCAAAUAUCAGAAACAGUUGCACUGGACUAAAUUUAAUGCGUUGGGUUCUUCUCACACAGGACCGUUUUUGAAUAAGUAACGCCCUCACUCCUACAACUAAUCGCCAUGGGAAUUCACGGCCUUGCCAAGUUAAUAGCGGAUCAGGCGCCAACAGCCAUCAAGGAACAAGAUAUUAAAAACUUUUUUGGGCGCAAGAUUGCCAUAGACGCGUCAAUGUGCAUUUACCAAUUUCUGAUCGCAGUCCGACAGGAUGGCAACGUUUUGCAGAAUGAAGAUGGUGAAACAACAAGCCACCUCAUGGGCAUGUUCUACAGGACUAUUAGAAUGCUGGACUGUGGCAUCAAACCUGUUUAUGUGUUUGAUGGGAAGCCCCCUCAGCUCAAGUCAGGAGAGUUAGAGAAAAGAGGGGAGAGGAGAGCUGAAGCUGAAAAGCUGCUUGCACAAGCGCAGGAAGCAGGUGAACAAGAGAACAUUGACAAGUUCAGCAAACGUCUUGUUAAAGUCACCAAGCAGCACAAUGAAGAAUGCAAGAAACUCCUUACAUUAAUGGGAGUUCCAUACAUCGAGGCUCCAUGUGAGGCUGAGGCCAGCUGUGCUGCUCUAGUAAAAGCAGGAAAGGUGUAUGCCACAGCAACUGAAGACAUGGAUGGCUUAACUUUCGGAACAAGUAUCCUGUUAAGACACUUAACUGCCAGUGAAGCUAAGAAGCUCCCAAUCCAAGAGUUUCAUUUUAAUCGCAUUCUCCAGGAGAUGGCCCUGUCCCAUGUACAGUUUAUAGAUUUGUGCAUUCUGCUGGGUUGUGACUACUGUGGCACAAUUAAAGGAAUUGGACCCAAAAGAGCAAUUGAUCUCAUCAGACAACAUGGUUCUAUUGAAGAGAUCCUUGAAAACAUAGACCAGUUGAAACACCCUGCCCCAGAAGACUGGCUUUAUAAAGAGGCUCGGGCGUUGUUUCUUGAGCCUGAGGUGGUAGACUGUUCCACUCUUGAUCUCAAGUGGAAUGAGCCUGAUGAGGAGGGACUGGUCCAGUUUAUGUGCGCUGAGAAACAGUUCAGUGAGGACCGUAUCCGCAAUGGUUGUAAGAAGAUUUUAAAGAGCAAACAAGGGAGCACACAGGGAAGACUGGACAAUUUCUUUACCAUUACAGGAUCUAUCUCAUCUAAACGCAAGGAGCCAGAUUUGAAGGGAUCAGCCAAGAAAAAACAGAAGACAAGUGGAACCCCAGGCAAAUUCAAGAAAAGCAAAUGAAAAAGUAUUAAGGCAAAAUAUAUGGUACAUUUUGAUAGGCUUGUGGGUUUUGUGCUGCUUCCUGUGUUUUUUAUAUUGUAGAAUGUUUAACCG